UCGACGUCGAAGAAGAGCUGCAGCCUCUCAGCAACCAGCAGAGACGUCUCUCUCUCUUCUCUCCUCUCCUCUGCUCAGCUCUCCUCUUCUCCAUCCUCUGCGGAACAUCGGCCUGUUUUCCUCCCGUCCCUCCUCCAGCGGCAGACACCCAGCUCGUCAUGGACAACUCCGGGAAAGAGAAGGAGGCCAUGCAGCUGAUGGCUGAAGCCGACAAGAAGGUCAAAGCGUCCGGAUCCUUCCUCGGAGGGAUGUUCGGGGGGAACCAUAAGGUGGAGGACGCCUGCGAAAUGUACGCCAGAGCAGCCAAUAUGUUUAAGAUGGCAAAGAACUGGAGUGCUGCUGGGAACGCAUUCUGUCAGGCCGCUCGGCUCCACAUGCAGCUUCAGAACAAACUGGAUUCUGCCACCAGCUUCGUCGAUGCAGGAAACGCCUACAAGAAGGCCGACCCACAGGAGGCUAUCAACUGUUUAAAUCAGGCCAUUGACAUCUACACUGACAUGGGUCGGUUUACCAUUGCAGCCAAACAUCACAUCACUAUAGCAGAGAUUUAUGAGUCAGAGCUGGUGGACAUUGAGAAGGCCAUUGCCCACUACGAGCAGGCAGCAGACUACUACAAGGGAGAAGAAUCUAACAGCUCAGCUAACAAAUGUCUUCUGAAGGUCGGACACUACAGCGCUCAGCUGGAACAGUACCAGAAAGCGAUUGAAAUCUAUGAGCAGGUUGCAAUGAGCACCAUGGACAAUCCCCUACUCAAGUACAACGCAAAAGAGUAUUUCUUUAAGGCAUCGCUCUGUCAUUUCAUUGUGGAUGAGCUCAAUGCCAAGUUGGCCAUCGAGAAGUAUGAAGAGAUGUUUCCAGCCUUCUCAGACUCCAGAGAGCUCAAACUGUUAAAG